AUGGAAGCGAUUGAAAAGAAUCGAUGGCAGAGAUUUCGUGAACUGUUUGUCGUUGCUGCCAUCACAAUCAGCAUGAAUGGCCUCUACGCCUUCCUGCUCUACAGCACCGAUGAGAACGCGGCUUUCAUUCAAGUGAUCACUUGCCAUCCCAAUGAAACCUAUGAGCAUUGUCGAAAGAGACACCCACCAAAACCGGAUAUUAGUCUCUCUUUUUAUUUUGGCUAUAUCAAGAUUAUCAAGCAGAUCGAAUUUUGGUCACUACUUCUCAGUUGUUUCACUAUUCCAGCCGCCAUUUACUUCUCUGCCACCAACAAUGGCCUCAAGUUCCCGAUUCGAUUAUUUGCAACAGCCGAGAACUUUAACCGGCUGCUGAUCUCGUUGGCCAUGGCUAUUUAUCAAAUGCCAAACGCUUGGCUGCCAUUCAGCAUUCUCGACAACUUCUCCAGUUUCAUAUCGGAUGCUAAUCUCUACGUGCAACAAAAGCUAAGAAAAAGUGGAAAAGCUUCGAGAGUGGAAAUCUUGCUUAUGGCACAGAUGAUCUCAACCUCGAUUCUGAGCAUUUUUAUCACGAUCAUUUGCCAAUUGAAUCAACUGAUCGCUAGCCUUCGUUUCGGUGGCAACGCCUAUUCGAUGUCACUUUAUACAACUGGCACCGCUCAGGCGUUUGCUUUUCAAUUCGUUAGCAGUCUCCUAAACGCGUUGUUCCUUCAAAAGCCGAAAGCGAAUCGAAAAAAAGGGGCAGUGACGUCGGUGAUGACCGUUUCUCAAAGCAGCAAAAAGCAAUCUCAAGCAACUAACGUUACAGUUUCUGAU